AUGAGCAGCAAGGAGUUAUUUGGAGCCUCAGUUUUCUUUGAGAAAGCCAAGAUGCUCGAAAAAGUCCAGAACGUGAACCUUGGUGCAGGUGUCUUCUUCGUCUUGCAUCCGCCCACGGAGCGACGCAUGGCGAACGAGGCGCCCAGGACGCCCCCUGGAGGAAGCCCCGGCCGCCCCCGCUCUCCGGGCACGGCCCUGCGGGAGUCGCCCUACUCCAACUGCUUCCUGGGGGCUCUGGACACUGGGCUCCGAGGCCUCCUGUUUCCCAGCUAUUGGCUGGUGAGCCAGCUGCUGGCCUUGAAGCAGACCACGGCGGAGAAGGGCAAGCGGUGCCCCCCCCACGCCCUGCUGGUCCUUGCCAAGGGGCCCAUCUUGGUGCUGCUGCUGCUGCUCUCCAUCCCCGUCUCCCUGCUGGCCUUCCUGGUGUGGCUGCCCCUCCAGACCGCGCGCCGCCCCUUCGCCUACCAGCACACGCCGAGCCAGGCCCAGCCAGAAGAGUGGGUGCUCCCCGGCAAGGAUAAGACCUUCAGCUUUGUCACCAGCAACAUCUGCCUCCUUCCAGAGGGCCUGGCCAGAUUCAGCAACCUGGCGCACACGGAGUGGCGCGCCAAGCACAUUGCCCAACAGCUCACGAAGGCGGUGGCGCGCCGCCCUUCCGCCCUGCUGCACAAGCCCAGUUCCGCCGAGGGCGGCGGGACCCCAGGCCGGAAGAAGUACGGGGCAAUGGAGCCCAGCCCCCCACGGGCCUAUCAGAGCCUCCCUCGGGGGGAUGCCGAUGUGACCAUUGAAUUCCUUCAAGAGGAGGAGGAGGAGGAGGAGGGAAAAGCCCCGGCGCUGGGGGAGAUCUCUGCACGGUUCCCCGCCGGCGUGGACUUCCUGUGCCUGCAGGAAGUGUUUGACCUGUGGGCCACAGCGCACAUGCGACGGCUCCUAGCCCCCUGCUACGAGCACAUCAUCUAUGACGUGGGCGCCUAUGGGCUGGUCGGCUGCUCCGCCUUGAAGGUCCUCAACAGUGGGCUCUUCCUGGCCAGCCGCUACCCGGUGCUGGCCGUGCAGUACCACUGCUACCCCAACGGGACAGGCGAGGACGCCUUUGCCGCCAAGGGGCUGCUCUCUGUGCAGGUUCAGCUGGGAGCUUCCCAAGGCCAAAGGAUUGUGGGAUACGUGAACUGCACUCACUUGCACGCCCCAGAACCGGAUGCACAGAUCCGGUGCGACCAGCUGAGCCUUGGCCUGCUCUGGGCGCAGCUGUUCCAAGAUGCGCACACUCAGCCUGGGGACGUGGUGGCCUUCAACGUCUACUGCGGGGACCUCAAUUUCGACAACUGCUCUUCAGGUGACGAGAUGGAACAAGGCCAUGAGAUCUUCAGCCUGUACACCGAUCCGUGCCGCGUGGGGCCCCGGAAGGACAAACCCUGGGCUAUCGGGACCCUGAUGGACUACUUGGAGAUCUAUCAGGAAGACGUAUCGACGCCAGAGAACAUGAAGAGAACUCUGGAGCAGGUCUCAGGGCGGGAGAAAUACCUGGCUGGCCCGGUCCUGGCCAACGGUGACCCCGACCCCUCGGCAACCUCGAGCGAAGGGCGGCGCAUUGACUAUAUCCUUUACCGGGAGCACCCUGGCCCAGUGGAGCUGAAAACAGCUGUGGAGAAAGUGUACUUCAUCACUCAGCUGGCCACCUGCUCUGACCACUUGCCCGUUGGGCUGCGGCUUCACUUGACGUCUUCUGCACAGCCAGAUGCGUGAACUCUGCCACUGCCAGGCAAGGACA